CAUCUCUAAUUCCCUAUUCACCAAUUUCACUUUCUUUCUUCUUAUAUCAAAAAAUCCAUACAUUUCUUAAUUAUAAUUAUCUUUCACCAAUUUAUUGCAAUAUGAAGUAUGAUACAAAAUUGCAUGGUUUUAAUAAUUAUGAUAAACCAAAGAAGGUUAUCAAUGGUCCUCGUCCUUCCCCUUUGAUGAUACGAAAGCCUAAUUCAUGUCACAAACAACAAAGGGUUCCAAUAAUCAUUUACACUCAAUCACCAAAAAUUAUUCACACAAAGGCACAAGAUUUCAUGGCUCUUGUUCAAAGACUCACUGGCAUGUCUCAUAAUGAUCAAGAGGUUUCUGAGAAUUUUGAGUCAUCUUUGUCUGAUGGAUCUAAUAGCAAUUUCAAACAUGAUGAGAAGAUGUGGAUGCAACAAGAUCAUGUUAGUGAUGGUGAUGAAACUACUUCAAAAACUAACUCUGUUCUUAGGAGGGGUGAGAAUUGUGAUAAAGGGGGUGUAAAUAAUGUUGAUCAAUAUAAUCCUUCUAAUGUGAAUUUUGCUGAUAUGCCCCUAUUUACUCCAACUUCAUAUGAUUUCUUUUGCUCUUCUAAACCAGUUUAUCAAUUUUCUGAUUCUCCAUUUGGGAUUUUGGGAAGUUUGAUAUCUCCUGCUGGAUUGGGAUUCAUCAAAGAGCUACCUGAAUAUUAAUUCAUUAACUUUGGUACAAGGUUGUUGUACAUGUUCAUAAUUCAUAUGUUCAAGCUUCAAAUUGAUUUCAUUUAUUGAUUAAUAGAUGCAUGUUGUGUGCAAAGUUAGGUGGUCUCUUAGUUGUAAUUUUUUUUUUCUUCAUAUAUUUUGUAAAGUUUGUGAAUUAGUGUUAUGUAGCUGAAAUUAACGUGAAACAUAAUUCAUUCUUUCUGGACAUAAGAAUAAUUAGCAUAUUGGUUUUAUUUGUUACCCUA